AUGACUACCAAAGACUCUGACACAAAUAUUGAAGUGAAUACACCGAUCAUAUCUCACGAGAACAAAAUUCACUAUGCAAAACGGGGAGAGACAAUAUCUCAAUUACCAGUUGACGAGGCAAUUGAUGGAUUUCAAGCGGAUAGCCAAGGCGCACGUACGCUUCUCACGGCCGAAGAGGAGAAGAAGCUCCUAAGGCGCAUUGAUUGGCAUCUAAUGCCUUUGUGCUCACUUAUCUUCAUGUUCAAGAACUUAGAUUCAGACAAUGUAUCAAACGCUCGAAUUAUGAACCAGGGCACUCAUCAGAAUAUCAUGAAUCAGCUUGGCAUGACAUCGGACGAGUACAAUCUUGUAACGGUAGUAUACUAUGUGCCAUACAUCAUUGGAGAAGCUCCAUCUAACCUGCUGUUAAAAUACUUCACGCCAUCAAAAUGGCAGUCGCGGAUCAUAGUUACAUGGGGUAUUUGUCUGAUGCUGCAUGCUGCUGUGCAUAAUAAAGGCGGCCUUUACGCUACAAGGUUCUUCCUUGGACUAGCAGAAUCAGGCCAGUUCGCGGGCAUUCUCUUGCAGAUGGUGUAUUGGUAUCGACCAGAUGAGAUGUCGUUAAGACUCUUAUACUUUUAUAUCUGUGGCAAUACUUCUGGUAUCUUCGGCGGCCUAUUGGCUUUUGCAUUUGAUAACGCGUCUGGGUCUUCUGGGCUUUCGGGCUGGCAAUGGUUAUUUCUCACCGAAGGAGCUGUAACGGUCGUAUUCGGAAUCGCUGUGUGGUUUCUACUUCCAGACUUUCCAGAGACUGCAAGCUGGUUGACAGACAAGGAAAAGGCAUUCAUUCAAGCUCGGCUACCCGAAAAUGCUCCUCGCGCCAAUGAACAAAAUUUUAGACUCAGCGAAAUCGUAGACUCGCUUAAAGAUGUUCGACUCUGGUUGUUCACCCUGAUCUGGGCUAUUUACACAAUUGGCACGAAUGGCGUCCGCUUCUAUCAGUCAACCGUCAUUGCGAAUUUGGGAUUUACGAACAUUGCGACGGCUCAGAUUCUCAACAUACCAAUUACGGCUGCGUCCCUAAUUCUGAUUGCCGUGUCUGGCGUAUUUGCCGAUAAUGGCAGAUACCCUAGGCCGCUUUAUCCAAUUGGGUGCUUGCUGACGAUAAUCGCCUGCUACGCAGUUCUGGUGGCUUAUACAAACAAUGCCGGUGUCUAUACAGCUACGCUCAUCGGAAACAGCUGUGCAGCAGCAUGGUAUCCGCUCAUGUGGCCCUGGCGAGUCCAAACCACAAGCCGAGCAACAGGGUCAGCAUUUUCGAUUGGAUUUGUAAACUCGUAUGGCCAGAUAGGAGGAGCAGUGGGACCUCAGAUCUUCAGAAGCAAAUACGCUCCUCAUUACACAGUUCCAUUUGCUGUGGCCAUGGCCUUGGUCGCUCUGUGUAUGCUGGUCACUCUUCUGACGUGGUGGGUUACGCGAAACACAGAAAGAGACACCAGGACACUUAAGUUGGCGCGCAAAGCAGCUGAAGCCCGGAAUGAGACGAUUUUAGAAGACGUGGUUGAUAGAGACUUAAGCUAG